UCUCCGAGGUGUCUCUAAUUCCUGUGGCAGGUGCCCUUGAGACCCUUUUGCAGGACUUGGAGACCCGGAGCUUCUCCGAGGUGUCUCCAAUCCCUGCGGCAGGUGGCCUCAAGGCCAUUCUGCAGGACUUAGGGCCCGGAGUUUCUCCGAGGUUCUCUUUCUCUCUUGCAGGUGCCCUGGACACCAGACUGUGGCAUGGCAGGGAGACGCUUCAGCCUGCUCAGGCUGUUCCGGAGGAAGAAGGAGGAGGAAAGCCCUGGGGCUGCUCCAGCACAGCAGCCUGAAGAGGUGCAGCAGGUGCAGCCCCCGCAGGAGGAUGCAGGCCAGGAGCGGACAGAAGAGCAGCUCCGUGCCCGUGGCCGCUUCCGCAGGGCAGCACAGGUACCUGCAGCCAUCCCCGCCUGGGCUGGGCCUGCUCUCACUGCUCAGCCCAGCACCGCUGUCGCGGCCCUCCAGGGGAAAUCCCUCUCUUCCCUGCCCUUCUUUCUCCUGCAGACAUUUAUGAAAUUCAUGGGCAGUCGGCGUAGAAAGGCCAGGAUCACACCAGCUGAUGUCCAGGCCCAGCCUGACACCAUCCCGACCCAGCUGACAAAUCCUGAUGUCAGCACCGCGUCGACUGCUGCCCCAGCAAAGUGUGACACCACAACCAGUGAUCACACAACCCACUGGGACACCACGUCCACCGAUGAUGUGUCACACUGUGACUCUGUGCUGCCUGGUCUCACGGAGGAGGCCGACACCACAACGACGGAGGGCGUGGCGAGCACUGACGCCGCGCCUGUUCAGCGCCUGGCCGAUACCCCCAGCCUGGAGUUUCUUGAGGAGAGAGCUGUCUCUGCUGAAGUAAGCAGCCUGUGGCCCCCCAAGCUGGGUGCGCUGGGCCCCCUCAGCCUUUGAGGCUGGCACAGUGUGCUGGGAAG